UGUAUCGAGCUCUUUCCACAGAGGGCCAUUACUGUUAAUAUCAUCCCUCGCCUUGGACAUUUCUCAAAAUAUAUUUCCUUUUUAAACCAUGUUUUUAAUGAUUUGAAUAUAAGUAGUUAAAUUGUGCAUUAAUUCUAUUGUAAUUAUGAUUAAACUUUCUCAUUUUUCAUGUCAGUUACUGCCGUUGAACCCCAUCUGUGGAAGACAAAAAUACUUCACUACCUUAACGAGUGUUGAUUACAUUGAAUGUACUGACACAGCCAGUAAUCCGCAUCUUACUCACCUUACGCGGGCGUUGAUUGGCUUACACUGAGUAGGCGGGAAAUAAACAUACACAUGUCCACAUUCAUCAACAACACAGAAAUAGGUAUUCGGAAUAUCCAGAGGAACCAUAAUAUCGACAGCAUAUCCUAUUUGUCGUUUGGCCGAACGAAUUCAGAUUACAAGUAGAACUGUCACUACUCUAACCUGAAAGAAGCUUCCUAGUAACUGAUCAACCAAGUUCGACUUCUCCUUACGUGAGGAACCCCCUGUACACAGUCGGACACACGUGCCCAGCAAUACGGCGUCCUUGAACCCCCACCUACUUUAGCGAACUGUCAAUGAGGAAACGUUAUUCUCUCCGAAUCUUGCGGUGUAUUUGUAUUGGAUAAUGUACUAUUGAUACUGUUCGUAAUAUCUUUAUACUUUCAUCGUCCACAUGUAGGGUACAACGGUAGAUAUGAAUGAAACGUUUUCCCUUAUAUCAAAUCAAAUAACAGAUAGUGAUUAUACUAUAACAUGAAAGCGUUAGGAAAAUGUUAUGAAAUAAAUCAGCCUAUUUUCUGAAGGAUAUGAUGAUUUAUUAACCCUUCAAAGUAGAUUAUCCUCAGCCGAGGAAAUAUACUUUCUAUGAUGGAGAAAUCAUUGUAUUCUACUGAUUACAGUACGUUAGUUGCAUAUCAUGUCAUUACGUGCACACCUGAAGAGUGCAUGGAAACAUUACUAUAGAGAAAAAUGAUUUGUGUUACCUGAAAGUGUGUCACGGUACUGAGCUACACAAUACCCCUUUGUUUGUGUGAGGAAUAGUAUUAAAUGUCUAAAUUAUUUAAAUGAUUAAAUGUAUGCAAAGUCCCCUCCACUAGCAAAAAAAUAUAUUCUAUUAAUAGUGAUAUGUACUUUACGUAACAAACCUGAACCAUCCGAAUAGCUAUCAACACUACUUAUUGCGACUAACUGUCGUGUCUCUGUACUUCUGAUGACAUCAGUGGGUAUGUUUUAAUUGGCUUGGACCCUGACAGUCACGUGGCAUUUCAGUGUUCUCUGGUGGAUCAUUCAGGAUAUUAUUUUGGUUUGUUUCGUAGGAUUAUGAAAAAAGCCGAGCCCAUUGAUAUAAAGGAGCGAUAAAUGUGAUCAAAAUGUAAAACAAGUUUAGACAUGUGGAACGGAGUGGAUCGGUCAUAUCAACCCACGUCGUCAGAGACGGAAGGGGUUACCCAACAACAGUCUGCAGAAGAAGAGCAUACCGCAGAGGACCAAAACGAUAAUGCAGAUGAAAAUAAAAAAUCUUGGCUUUACCAGGAAGUUGUGGAUCUUGACCAAGGACAUGCUGAGGGGGUGGAAGAUGAAGAAAAGAUCAGUGAAAUGUCCAUCCCUGAAUGUCAAAGUGAACAAACAGAAGACAAAUCCACAUCAACCAUAUUUAAUGGCAAAUCUUUCAAUGGCAUGAGAGUGUGGUAUCUCUCAACAUACACAUGCCAGGAAAUGAUGCGCGAAAUAUUGAAAAAUAGGAAUCCUUUUGGAAAAUCCGAUGAACACUUGAGAAAACUUUUAAGAUUAGAAGAUCGAAAAACUAAAUUUGAAAGUGAAUGCAAACAACUGUAUAAUAUGCAUAAAGACUGCUUAUACAAAAGUGAUAUUUCUUACGAACAUUUAGACGUGACCUUGAUGUAUGUAAUUGCAAGAAAUUUUCUUACUGAUGAAAUUUUAAUUCAACCAAGCAUAUGGAACACAAAACCUCUGAAAUCAGAUUUCAGCCUUCAGGCAUGUGUUGACAAACUUCGACAGUUUCGUAAUCACAUUUCGCACAUUGAACUAUCGCAUGUGCCAGCUGAUGAUGAGUUUCAACAGAAAUGCAGGGAUAUCAAACAAGUUUUCGAAGCUGUGGAAAAGUGCAUUGGACUACAGCCGACGUAUGGCAGGAAAGUAGACCGUAUCAUGUAUGCAUGUAAACCAACAGAUGUUGAAAAACUGGAAAAAGAACUUUUGGAAGCAGAAAUUAUCACAGAGUUUGAGAAACUAAACAACAACCUUGGAGGACAAGAAGCUCAGACUAAGAUGCUCAUUGAAAACCAUGAAGUUGAAGAACGCUUCUAUGUGGAGACGAAAUUAUCAAAGAAAGCUUGGGAGCUUCUACAAAAACAUCACCACAUACUGAUAACAGGCGGAAAAGGCUGUGGUAAAACGGCAUUAUCAUAUCAUUUGAUGUUUAGGUUGCUCAAGUUUAGUGAAAAAUGUAAAGUGUACAAUAUACAUUCAAUAUCUGAGUUUUUGAAUAAUAUUGAUCCUAGGGGUUUUGUUAUAACAUUAGUGGAAAUCUCUGAAAUAAGACCUGAAUCCGAUCCAGCAAGUUUAAAAAAGGUUAUUAGAGAAUUCAUUGAUUCAGAUCAGCAAACUGGUUUGUAUAUUAUCAUGACAUCAGGGUUAGAAAAUGUAACAAAAAUUGCUAAUCUGACUAAUCAAGUAGAUCUAGCAGACCCUGAAGAUGAUUCACUGUGCCUUGGUUAUCAAGAAAAACUUUCUCUUGUACAAAAACAACUUGAACGUUUUUCUGAAAAGCACGACAAAUCAGUAAAUGAAAUGACUCUAGAGAAUAUUGCAAGAGUAUCUAAAAAUCCAAUUCCGUUUCCCCUAGCAGCAUUUCUGUUUGCAAAGAACGAACGUUUUAGAAAGUUUGGUGCAGACUUUUUUAGAUCACCAGUCGUAUACUACCGAGAGGAGAUUAAAAGAUGCUCUGAGCGUAACGCUAAUACCAUCAUACUUUUGGCCCUGUUGUUUGAGGAAAAGCCAAUUUCAUUUACUGAGGAACAGAUACUGAAAAUUAAGCAGCGCUUAUCUGGAUACGAGUAUGGUCAAUCUCUUUGCAAGGAAAAGCAUAUGGAGCAGUUGCAAGACGCCGCUGAAUACUUAGAAACUGAGGAACUGGUUACCAGUGUAAAGAAAAAAUUUACAUUGAAGAACACGACUGUCAAAAAAGCGGUCAUUUCUUUUGCCGUUGAGAGGUUUCUUAAGCUUUCCAUCUGGAAUCUAAACCAGGAAACACUGUGUGAUACAGCCGUGUUCAAAUGUACAGGACAACAAGGGAUGAAUUGCCCUUUGCUACACGAACCCCACAAAGACAUUCUCGCCAGUAGGUUUUUUGAAGACAUGAUAAAUGAUCACACAGCAGCACUGCAUAGAAGUGAUGCCUGGGUGGAUCCUUAUUUCAUUGAGCGUAUCAUGGUCUUAUGCAAAACCCACUGUAACAAGGAACCUGACCUACUCGAUGCAUGUAUCAAGAGGCUGCUAGAAUGGUCAGUUCGUUACCGUUGUCUGCCACUAUGUGAAGCAAUCGAACGAUUUCUUCGGGGCUACGAGGAUGAACGUAGGAUUGCCACCAUGACAAGCUAUCUGUUGCGAACAUGCGAAACCAUAAACAGUACGUUUCAUGUAGUAGAGAAAGAAUUUAAAGCGGCAGAUAUUCUGCAGUUUUUUGUUUCGGCGGGCGCUCGCUGUAGCUACUGCACAUGCUCUGAAGACAGCGACACACGUGAUCAUUCAUUUCCACUCCGAUGGGUCCUCAACACAAACGAUGAGGAAUGCUUACAUAUACUACUUAAAGCAGGUGCUCAGGAUCCACAUUCUAGAUGGGGAUUUUGGAGUCUUCUAGCCGCAGCAGCACAGGAAGAGGAGACGAUGAUGUGUACGAGCUCAUUUGUAAAAAUGCAAUGUUCCAAUUAUGUUGAAAAAGAUGGACAUGAGAUUGACGGGAAUCUUGUUCAAUUAGGAAUAGGCGUCAAGAUGCUCGAGGAUGACUCAGACGAAAACAAGAAAAGCAUGAUUUCCUGUUGCAUCAAAACUAUUGGAUUGAGCCAAAAACUGCUGAAAGCAAUGCAACGACAACACUUUCCAAUUCUAGAAAAAGAUGAAAAUGAAAACAAUUACCUACACUUUGCUUUGUCUUCCUCGACUCCUUCGGAUACAAUGUCUGAAACAAUUUCGGCCCUAACAAACGAGCCUGCUCUUCUGUCUUGUAAAAACAUGGAAGAACAAACACCGUUAGGAAUGGCAGUCCUUCAAGUCAAAUGUGGCAUUAAAUGUAUCGCCAAACUUUCAGAAAAGUGUACCAAGGAAACCCGGACGGAAGCCCUUUAUCACUGUGUGCAAUCUGAAAUUGAAGACAAUAUUGUAUCACAACGAGUAUCCGAAAUGAUUCGACAUGGGGUAAAUCCUAACGAAGUGGUAAAAGAUGGCAGAUCAUCUAUCCAAGCAGUGAUAUCUAAAGGAAAGAGUCGUAUCAAAACUCUCGGGAUUCUCGCCAAAUGCAAGCAUGCCUCAGACAGUCAUGCCACAGACUUUAUGCUGCAUUAUUGUAUCACGCUAGAUUUAAACAACACAGACAAAGAACAUGUUAUAGAGGUGUUGAUCAAAGAAGGGGCUGAUGUUAACCAACAGAAUGACGAGGGAGCGACACCAAUAAUGUUAGCAAUAAAAGAAGCUAAAGAUAAUCUAGGUCUUGUUGACCUUCUUUUGAAGAAUGGCGCAGACAAAAAUAUGACAGAUACAGAAGGACUGCUUCCACUACAUUACUGUUGUUUGGCAGACAUGGAAAGCAAUGUCGCUGUAGACAUGGUGGACCUAUUGCUGACCGAUGAUGAAUUGAAAGAAACACCAGCUAAACACACUCCAUUGAUGCUUGCGAUCAUGAAUAAGAAACAUCCAGACCUUUUGAUGAAGCUAGUGGACAUAUACUUUGAUGUUGGUAGAACAGAUUCCGAUGGGAAAACGGUGUUGCAUUUAUUAGUGCAUUCUACUUUGGAAGAUGACACUGUAUUAGCAGUAGCCAAAAAGUGCCUUCGGAAAUUUGAUGAAAUAUGUUUAGAGAAUAAUGAAGAUAUAUCUGAGGAUAGUAGACAUGCCUACCGACAACACGAAAACGUAUUUGGUCGCUGUUUGCUUCAUGCCUGUGUUGAAUCAUCGAUGUCUGAUGAAAGCACAAGCUCUCUUUGUCAGAUAUUGAUAGAACGCGGGGCAUCUGUAACAGAGGAGGACUAUCAAAACAGAAAUACACCUCUUACACUGGCUGCAUCAUCUCGAUGUAAUCGAGUGAAAACAAUAUGUACUCUUCUCAAAGCAUCCUCUAUGGUAAUGACCGAUGGCCUUUUAGAAAUAAUAAAAGAAAAAAAUAAACUGACAUCUGACUUGCUUACUUCGUUGUUGUGUAACGAGAUUGCAAUAGAGGAUGAAUGCAAGGAAAAGAUGACGCCUUUUUAUAUCAAAGAGGAAUUCUCUGAAGAGGUUGAAGCGAAUAUUGUCGGACCUCUUAGAAAGCUAGGGUUUGAUCUAGAUAGUAGAACAAAUUCCGGGGACACAGUUUUACUAUCUGCAUGCAAAUCGCGUUGCAAAGCCACUCUCCUGGCAGAAUUGGCGAAAUUCAGCAGCAUGAACAAUAAAGAGCCAUACUUACCUUUGAUCGUCAUGUCAGAUCGAUCAGACGAAGAUACAAAGUUAUGUAUAGAGGCUAUCUUAACGGAAGAGAAACCGCCUAUUGACCAAAUGAACGAAAUACAUCGUACUGCAGUAAUAGAAAGCGUCAGGAAAAGAAAGCAGAACACAUUGAAACACCUUCUCGCUAGCGGAGCAAGCCCAAAUAUGAGGGAUCGAUUUGGCAAAACAGCGCUUCAUUAUUGCGUAGAAAGCGAGAUGUUCGAUGACGAAGUGUGCGACAUACUUUCAAUACUUUUCGAAACUAAACCGAAAGUGGAUAUUAAAGACAACAAGAGGAAGGACAGUAUUAAAUCAAGCGGCAUGUCAUGCAACAAAAUCUCGAAUUCAGACAUUUAAUAUGUUGCUGAAACAACGCUAUGCAGUCGAAACGGUCGACAUAUUGGGCAAAACACCACUUCACAACUGUCUCGAAUUUGUAAAUGGAUUCACUAAAAUGCAGACCGUGGAACGCCUGUGCCGUUUGACCAUUCUGAUGAUCUUUGGGGCGGAUCCUUAUUGUAGUGAUGACAAAGACAAAACUGUUAUAGAUAUAUGCAAUGAAUCUUCCAGCCAGUCCUUUGCUGAGGAAUUGAACAUUCUAAAUCAGGAAAACAUCGAGAAUCUACCAAGUGUUUUUGAUGCAGUUUUACCACCUGACGACUGCACGGGAGAUGACACUGGUGAUAAGAAUGACGCUGUAGAAGAGUUUUUCUUUCCAUCACGUAACCCCAAGGUGAGAGAAAAACUGCAAAGAGCUUCUAGAUAUUUGCAAGGAAAGUCCUUGAAAGAAGCCGAACCAAUCGUUUUUGGUUUCAUGCAAAACAAGAACGAAACUAACAUUGCGAUUCCAUUCAAAGUAGACAAGUAGCUGAUAGCACUACAUUAUGUCUGUUUAUAAAGACACAACUACGUAUCGUCAUGAAAACGACAAACUAAUUGUGUUUAUCGCGCGUGUAAUUUAACAAAACGCCAGGAAAGUGUUACAUUCAAAUAAAAUUAGAAGAAUAAUCAAAGUAUAGGUAGUACUCUAACCUGAUAAACUGUUUGUUACAUAAGGUGUUAUUUAACCGCUCAAAUCGAUUAAAUAUGAUUUGUCUGUAUCGGAAAAUGGACGGUUUAAUGCGAAGUAUUAAUUAAACUAUUUUCUUCUUUUAUUAAUAUGUAUUUAAAGAUUUUACUUACUUUUCAAAUAAAAGACUGUAUCAAAUUUUCAUUUAGCUACACCUUAUCGAUACUUAUUUUUCAUCUCCAUUCAAUAAGUGACCUACACACUUAAUAACAUAUAAAAAGUGGCCCAUUUUAUCAAGCAAGUUCCGUGCAUGAUUUUGAGGCAGUUCAUUAUCAACAGUGUUAAUGUUAUGCAGUACUAUAGAUCGUAUUAAUCUUUGUAGUCUGAUCUGUUUUAAUCAGUUCUAAAUGGUUUCAUUAUAAUUGAUGAUAUUAACACUUUUGUUUGACAAUAUGGAGUUUUUAUAUAUACAUGUACUCAUUAAAUGUAUUUAAGGUAAACUCAUUUGAUUAUAAAACUGUCACACGUUUUGGUGUGUUCCUCAACUAUCACUCUACACAAAUAGUGAGAGUAUGAAUGGACAACUCUUCUAUUCGAAUUUGACAAGCAGGUUGAUUCUUGUCGCAACUCUCGGUGUGGCGAUACAGCAACUGUUUGUAGUACAUGUACUACUUUUGUUAAUAAUACCAUAAUACAAAGGGUUUAAUGUUUAUUUGUUUUAAUUUUGAUUAGUGUGUUUUUGUUCAUAAUAUUACGGAUAUAGCUCGCAUAGACUUCCCUUGUUGUCUUAUUCAAUCUGUAUACAAGACCUUUAUAACAAAAAAAAAGUUCAACUAGUUUAUCCUUUCAUUUCACAUCGUCUUUAUGACUUAUUGUGUUAUGUUUUCGCCUUUUGUAGAUGACACCAUUAAGCUAUGUCUAUGAAAUAAAUUGGGUCUUCCUUAUGUUGAUUACAGUUUGAGAUAUUUCACGAAAUAUUAUUGUUCCAUUUUGUAUUGUUUUUUCUUCUUUGCGUCAAAAAUCAUUUCUUAUAUCAGAAUGUAAAAAUAAGUUAUCUUUGUCUCUUAAUAUUGCCCAGAUAUUUCAAAAACUUGUAUUCAUCGUGAAUUUAUAUCACAUUACUGUUUUAUGUAUAUGACGUAUGAUGACACCGAUUGGGACCUUUCACAAGAACCGGUUUAUAUUUUUGAAUUGCAUUACACUCUCUGUACAAGCAGAAGCUAUUGCUAAGAUUUUAUGAUUUUGUUCAGUUCUGUUAGAAUAUGCAACUAACAAUUGAAAAACUAACCUUGCGAUUUUCUCCCCUAUCGGAAUAAACGUAAAAACAAAUAUCCAACUAAAAUCUAAUGUUCACAGUAGCAUGGGAUAUUAUAUAGUAUACACAUAAAAAGUCCAUGUGGGCUAUUGUAUACCCCCGAUGUCGUCCGUAGACAGGUUAAAGUUUGUAUAAAGCAGUGUUGUGCGCAUGCCUAGUCGUUUUUACACAUAGGGAUAUGUAAUUAAGGUAGUAAGAAUAUAACAACUGCUCAGUUACCUGUGCAGCUCACCCGGUGUUACACAUUAUCUGUUCUUUUCUUAAGAAUUUUGAAUAAGCACAUUAUGGUAAUAUCCCAGAGAUACGUAAAUUGUGGCUUUAAAUGUUUACACUCUAUGCAUGAUUAUUUACACUAAAUCAAAUUACUUAACAGAUUAAAUUCAUGCUCCUUGCUGUUUAUAGUAAAAUAAUGCUUUAUUUUUCCAGCCUUUUUAUUUUUUCAAUAUCAACAUAGAUAUAUAUAUAGCCAUAAAAUGUGACAAGUAAAUGGCAGUUCAUGUACGAUAUGCCAUAUAUGUAUAUGUAAAUACAAUCCUGUGUUUGGAUGUUCAAACUCAAAGUUCAUAGCUACAUAUAUUCGUUAACAAUAUAACAUAAGUCAGUGCUAUAUAAAAUUUGUUUUCAUGCUAUGAUAAUAAUCAAACCUUAUGUAAUAUAUUAUAUACCUAUAGGCCAUUGGGGUUCUAUGAUGCCGUUCUAUAAAACAUUUUAAGAAUAACUGACGUAUGGAUUCCUUGUUGAUAGUGAAAUGUGUUUAUUUCAGUAAAUCGUUGAUGCGUUGCAAGAAGUACCGAAGACUCAUUUGUAAGCAUGGUACUCUAACACGGGAUUUAAUGGAAUAGUGAAUUUAUCAAAGCAUGGUACAAAAGUAGGAAAAGUGAGCGUCAAUACUCCUUACCUUAGGGAAUUUCAAUCUCUUAAAAUUGUCCACAGAAAAGUAUUACAGAAUUUAAGAAAAGCUCUUUAGCUAAGAUAUUUCCACCUUAAAUCCAGUAAAGUUUUCCUAUGGAAAAAAAAUAAGUUGGCUUUUCUUAAGUUAAGGGACGUUGAUGAAACAGGGGCAAUCACCUUUACAUAUUGUAUAAUAAAUAAAGUACAUGUAUAUGAAAUAAUUGAAUAUAUAUGUUUAUAUAUAAUUCAAAGAGAUGAAGACAUUGCGUAUAGUUAUUAAUUGCAAUUAUUUGUCAAGUUGAAUAUAUUUUAUUUAUAUAUAUACAUGUGUGUGUGUAUCAUACAGUGUCGACUUUCCAGGAGAUUUUAAGGUUGUGGAUAAACAAAGGCCCGAAUAUAAUUUGGAAGAUUCGCUUUAAUGUAAGUCCCGAUUGUAAAACGUGUGGUUGAUAUGUCAUAACUGUCAAUUAACAUUCUUUGUUCUUUGAUUCAAUUAAUUAUCUUUAAUCACAUAUUUACAUAAUGGAGCAUGACACUAAGUAGAAUGAGUGUACCUAUAUCUGGUCCAUGCUACUUGUACCGAAUGGUACCAUAUAAUAGAACGGAAUUUCAAGUGUAGUUUUCCGUGAUGGCAGUCGUGAAAAGAGAUGGUAGCCGUCUCUACAAAGUAUGUGCUUCAAACACAAAAGAGAUGGCAGACGUUUCUACAAGGAAUAUGCUUCAGACAUAAGAGAGGUGGUGGUCAUCUCUACAAAAUAUAUAUUCAAGCAUAAAAGACAUGGUGGUCCCCUCUACAAAGUAUAACCUUCAAACGCAAAAGAGAUGGCAGCCGUCUCUACAAAGUAUAUGCUUCAAACAUAAAAGACAUUUCGGCCGUCUCUACAAAGUAUAUACUUCAAACAUAAAAGACAUUUCGGCCGUCUCUACAAAGUAUUUGCUUCAAACAUAAUAGAGAUGGCAGCCGUCUCUACAAAAUCUAGACCUAUCCUUACCUCAUGUAUGCUGGAACAGUCCGUAGUUUUCCGUAACAUUCUGACCAAAAUGAAUCGAAUUCGUCAGUGAAAUCCUUUCGAUUCGAAAUUUUGGCCAGAAUGUUACGGAAAACUACGGACUGUUCCAGCAUACAUGAGGUAUGGAUAUGUCUAGAUUGUAGUAUAGCAUAUGCUCGCUACAAAUAAAAGCCUAUGUAAUGAGUAUUUUCAAUAUCUUACCUCAUUUUAUGUUUUCUGCAUUAGUGGCUGCCAUUUUGAAUUCAUAUCUUCUGACCAAGUGAUUCCCCACCGUGACCAUAUACGCAGUGCAAAUGAGGUACAAUCUUUAAUUGAUUUACUUCAAUGUAAUCAAAUAACAAUAUGUUUUAAAUUCCUAAAACGGUUUUUUUCUUUUGAGAAAUCAUAGCUCAAAUAGUCAAUGAAUGCCGUGUAUUAAUCGACAAUGUCAUGCUAGUAUUGUUAUGGAAUGAUACAAAAUAACUGUUUGUGUAUCGCACGUUUAUCAUGUUUUGUUACAUGUUCUAGUUACAUGUUUAAUAUAUCCCUUUGAUAAUAAAGGAUGUACUGCUGAUCAGAUAA